CAGUCUGCAGGUGUCUGUUCAACCCUUUAAUACUCUCCCUGGAGAAUCCUGGCAAGGUCUUACAAAACACAAUCCUUUUUUUUUUUUUUUUUUUUACCUCUUCAUUGUAUUGUUUCACCUACGCAGUGUCCCGAAUCCACCUUUACUGCUACUGAGGGGACCGGGGGAACACCAAAGCUGACUUUUGACCCGACUCUCCCUCGCACUACUCUACACACGUUGGGAAAAUCUAGUGGUAUAAAAUGAUCAGCGCGCGGGAUUUGCAGGUUAAGGGCGCUUAGGAAUAGGGCUUUUAAUGUCAUGACGUCACAUUAAUUAGUGGCCACUUUGAUCCCUUCAGCUCCUAAGCCCCAGCUCUGCUCACUGAGACUGUCUGCGCACACGAGAUGAUGCGUUAGUGGCUAUCCAGGGAUCGUGGAGGACCCAGUGCAUGUGUGGCUGUAGGGUCACUGCUUUUCCACGCUUUUUUUCAGGUGAUGUUAUUGUAAAAGGGAUACAACUAAAGAAAGGGGAUCGCUAAAGUUGUCAAAAUGGCCGACAAGGAUAGUGUGGAGAAAUACCUGGAGAACAACCCACAAUUCGCCAAAGAGUAUUUCGACAAGAAGAUUCGCGCCGAGGCCCUGACCGCCGCCUUCAACGCCAACCUCGAAGUAAAGGACACCGCGUCGUUCAAGGAUGUUAACUCCGUCCAGGAAUCCGCGAUCAUCUUCGAGCUGGUCAAAGAGCUGCAAAAACCCGGGAAUAUGGAGCAGUCUCUACACAAAGUCAUGCAGAGAAUUGCGCUCAUCAUUCAGGCGGACCGGGUCAGCUUUUACGCGCUACGGGCACGGAACGGGACGCCCGAGCUGUCCACAUGUCUCUUUGACGUGACCCCGACGUCCAAAUAUGAAAGUAACAUAGUGCACCCGCAGUCCGAGAUCGUGUUUCCACUGGACAUCGGUAUCGUGGGCCACACCGCGCACACCAAAAAGCCCCAAAAUGUUCCUGACGUCACAAAGAACCCAAAAUUCAGUGACUUUGUGGACAAACAGACAGGAUACAAGACCAAAUGCCUGCUCAGUUUCCCUCUCAUCGCUGAAAAAGAGUGCCUUGGUGUCGUCAUGGCGCUUAACAAAAUCGGAGCAGAUGCUUUCACUGCGGAAGAUGAGGCGCUGUUCCACAAGUACAUGAGUUUUGCCCAAGUGAUCGCGCUGCAGCACUACACCACCUACAUGUUCAAUGUGGAGUCCAGAAGGAGUCAGGUCCUGCUCUGGUCGGCCAGCAAAGUCUUUGAAGAGUUGACAGAUAUUGAGAGGCAGUUUCACAAAGCUCUCUACACUGUAAGAACUUACCUCCAAUGUGAAAGAUACUCAGUGGGCCUGCUGGACAUGACAAAAGAAAAGGAAUUCUAUGAUGAAUGGCCGGUUAAAUUGGGAGAUGUGGAGCCAUAUAAAGGACCCAAAACACCAGAUGGCAGGGAAGUAGUCUUUUACAAGAUUAUUGACUAUCUGCUUGAAGACAAAGAAGAAAUUAAAGUCAUCCCCGGUCCGCCUGCAGAUCACUGGGCCCUAGUUAGCGGACUACCAACCUACGUCGCAGAAAAUGGCUUUAUCUGUAACAUGAUGAAUGUGGCUGCAGACGAUUACUUCGCUUUCCAGAAAGGACCAGUGGAUGAGUCUGGAUUCGUCAUCAAAAACUGCCUGUCCCUGCCCAUCGUCAACAAGAAAGAAGAAAUUGUUGGCAUCGCCACUUUUUUCAACAGGAAAGAUGGAAGACCUUUUGAUGAACACGAUGAGCAGAUCACUGAGGCCCUGACACAGUUCCUGGGUUGGUCCGUGCUGAACUGUGACACUUAUGAUAAGCUGAACCGCACUGAGUACAGGAGAGAGAUCGCUCAGGAGAUGCUGAUGUAUCAGACCAAGUGUACCCCAGCUGAACUGCAGUCCAUCCUGAAUACUAAAGAAAAGUUUGAUGCCGACCCUGAAGACUGCGAUCAGAAGGAGAUGUACAAAUUACUACGAGCCAACAUCCCACCAGCUAAUGAUGUGAAUGGAGAAGACCUGUAUAAAUUCUCCUUUAGCGACUUCCCUGUCUCUGAGUUUGACCUCAUUAAAGCUGGCAUUCGCAUGUUUUUUGAGCUGGGAGUAGUUGAGAAAUUCAAAGUCCCCGCUGAGACUCUGACCAGAUGGAUGUAUACAGUGAGAAAGGGUUACCGAGACAUCACUUACCACAACUGGAGGCAUGGCUUCAAUGUGGGCCACACCAUGUUUUGUCUGUUGCAGACUGGGAAACUGAGGAAAUACUACUCUGAUCUGGAUGCCUUUGCGAUGGUAUCUGCUGCUUUCUGCCACGAUAUCGAUCACCGAGGAACCAACAACCUCUAUCAGACAAAGAGCGCACAUCCUCUGGCCAAACUGCACGGAUCAUCUAUUCUAGAGAGGCACCAUUUGGAAUACAGCAAAACGCUAAUGGGCGAAGAGGCAUUGAACAUUUUCUGCAACCUUCAAAAACGUCAAUUCGAAACUGUACAACACUUGUUUGACGUCUGCAUCAUUGCCACCGAUCUGGCUCUUUACUUCAAAAAAAGAACCAUGUUUCAAAAUAUUGUCAACGCCACUGAGCCAAUGACAGAUGAAAAAGAAGCCACUGCUUACAUUUCCAACAACCCUGUCAGGAAAGAAAUUGUGAUGGCUAUGAUGAUGACCGGCUGUGACUUGUCUGCCAUUACGAAGCCUUGGGAAGUGCAGAGCAAGGUGGCUCUGAUGGUUGCAGCUGAAUUCUGGGAGCAGGGUGAUUUAGAAAGAACUGUGCUAGACCAGCAACCAAUUCCCAUGAUGGACCGAAACUGUUCAGAGCAACUGCCCAAGAUGCAGUGCGGUUUCAUUGACUUUGUGUGCUCAUUUGUGUACAAGGAGUUUGCCCGAUUCCACAAAGAGAUCCAGCCUAUGUUUGAUGGACUGAACAACAACAGAGCACACUGGAACGAACUGGCUGAAGUAUACAAUGCAAAGAUGAAGGCCAUUGAGGAUGAGAAGAAGAAACUGGAGGGAGGCGGCGAAGAGAAAACUGAAGGGAAGUCAAAGACCUGCUCCAUCUGCUGAAACUAUACAUCUGCACUAAUGAGGACUGCUGUUGGCUACACUUAUCUCUCCUGGUCGACAGCUCUGAAGUCCUGCUUCUUUGUGAGCCUGCUCUUUCUACUCUGAAGGACUUUUUUGUUCUAAGAUGGACCAGUCUACGUGUCCUGGACACAGAAGAAUUGUAGUAUAUAGACACAGUACAUGUCUCCAUGUACAACAGAGCUAUUACAGAUCUUGGCUUCAAGGUAGCAAUUAAGGAUCUUUGACCAACAAGGUUGGCAACCGGCAGAUAAAGGCAUAUUAAUCAGAGUUGUAAAUGUCACAAAGGUUUGUUUUAUGCCAAAGCACAGAUAGAUGCACAACGCACUUAGCUGCCACUGGUUUGGCAGUCGAGCUGAAGGUUACUGUUGAAUAAUGGUGAACAGGUGAUUGGAAUAUUCUAAAACUACAUUUGGUUAUAUAGUACAGAGUUUGACAUGGCUUUUACAGUAGGCUGUCAAACCUUUUUACUCAGGCAAAGAUUUGGUAUGUAUGUAUGCAGUUUCAUUUUAUUACCAUCAUUUAGGGUGCGUUCACACUUUAUACACAUUAUAUUCAGACCAGGAACUAAAGCUGGACUAGACUAAACCAGGACUAAACCAAGUCUACAUCAGGACAUAUUGUGCUCAAACCAGGGAAAGUGUGAACCCACCCUUUGACUUUCGGAGGGUUUUUAUACUUGAAUUAUCUUGGAUGAAGAAUAUUGGACAGUGUUGAAAAAUGCAAACACCAAGUUUCAUGCAUAAGUAUGCACAGACAGCUUUCACACCGAGCUGUUUGCACUGUGUAAAUGUUUAGUAAAAUAAUAUAAUGUAGAUGUAACAAAGACAUUUCUGAAAUGUACGUUUUAAUUGUAAAUAGAUAAAACACAGAGAAUGUAAAUGAAAAAGUUGAUGGAAACCCAUUUCUUUCACAAAACUUAAAUCACAAAGUUUAGUGAAGACAUUGUUUCACCUAAAUCAUUGUGAUGUCAGUCAGGAGAUGUACACUGCUUUUAUUUAAACCACUCAAUACACACGAGGGUAGACCGGAGGCUGCCACCAUCCUUAGUACAAACAAUUAUGAGCCUAAGGUACUGAGACUAUAAACACUAGCAGUGUCAACCGGGUGCAAAUGUCAAUCCUUUAACUCUAACCCAUAACGGAACCUGUUCUGUUGGGCAUUAGUGGGCAGCAUGUACUCUGCUAUUUCAGAAUCACUUUGGAUUUCUCCUUCCUUAAGCAAACUUAGGCUGAAGCUCUCGUUGUGUGGUUACACAACACAAUGCCAUUUCCUUUAAUCAAUGGGGCAUUGACCAGUCUCCUAAUCCAAUCAGAAUGGCUUUGGGAAUACCAGGAAACUCUUUGGUUGGAGCAGAGUGACACCAUGCUCAUGACUAGAGUCAGGACUGUUUUCAUGUACAGUGCAGCGUACAGUUUGUAUCAGCACUUUCUGACUGCAGAGAUACAAAACAUUGGUAUCUUUAAAACAGAACACAGCAGGUCUGUACAUGCCAUGUGGUGCAUUUAUGCAAUACCAGACAAUGUGAUGAAGCUUUUAGAAACUUAAAGACCCUUACUGUAUGUGUCCUGAUAUGUAUUAUAUAUGUAUGCAAAUAAAGACUAUAUGGUGGUGUAC